ACCAGCCCACCCCCCCGGCCUCUGCACCAUGUUCAAGGGCGAGUACCAGGGAGGAGCCUUUGUAGAAAUCUUCAGCUCGCAAGGCAAAGACCCGGUUGCAAAAUGGAAGCUUUGUGGAAACCCUACAGUCCAGAAAGUUUUUGACAAAGAAGUGAAGAGCUAUGUUUAUAUUCUGGAAGGCAGCUGUCAACGGAACAAGAUGCAGUUACCCAAAGACAGCAAGCACUCGCUUGGUCUUAUUCAACGCUUCCUUGUGCUACAGCUCUGUGUACCAGUGGGACAAGACUUCUCGACAGAAUUGCUGAUUACUGAUUUGGGAAAUAUCAAGAGACGACUGUAUUUAUCCACCAUCCACAAGGAGUUUUCUACAACUCCACUCCAUGCAAAGAUCCCACUCAGUAUCAUCAAACGCAAAAUUUGGAGCAACGUUUGCAUUGACAUGGUCUCGUUUGCCAGCGCCGCUUUCAAAGGUACGGGCUUCCAGUUCCUGGACAGGAUCAUUGUCUCAGCUAAUUGCAAACUUCGGAAGAUAUUCACAAUGAAGUUCCAGCCACUUGAUACUACAUUUGAGGAUGACAUGUACUCCCUGCAAUGUAUCUCCGAUGGACCCACAGACAUGAUCCCCAAAUGCUGCCAGCUGGCCAUUGACAUUGAUCAGGUCACACAGCUUCUGAACGUGGUGAAGCUCAAACGAGGAGAACUACGCAUCGGGAGCCAACAGCUCGCUUCAGCGGACUUGGACCAGCCGUCCAGCCGGGGCAUAGUCAGUGCACGCAGUGUCAGGAACCAAGAUAUUUCACACAUUGCCUUUGGAUCAAAAGUACCUGGGCCACCACCUGCCAUCAGCAAAAAGGUUGGGACAACAGCACCUAAAGACGUAAGUAGCCAGAAACUCCUAAUAGUUCAAAUACUAGUCAUACAGCAUGGAAACAGGCCCAUCAGCCCAACUUGCCCACAUCGACCAACAUCUUAUUGAAGCAUAUGAGAUUAUUAAGUGUUUGGACAUGCUAGAGGCAGGAAACCCUUGUCUACCCUUGUAAGGGUGGGAGUAUUGUGUGCAGUUUUGGUCCCCUAAUUUGGGGAAGGACAUUCUUGCUAUUGAGGGAGUGCAGCGGAAGUUUACAAGGUCAAUUACCGGGAUGGCGGGACUGUCAUAUGCUGAGAGAAUGGAGCAUCUGGGCUUGUGC